GAGCAAAGAAGACUUAGACCCAGUUUAAACAUUAGCCUCUCCCACUAGCACAUGUCAACCAAUCAGAAGGAUCCAAAUAAUCACCAACCUUACUAUAUGAACUUAGCCACGAGGACGGUGUUUCCUAAUUGUCUACCAAUCUCUGCCCGCCAAGUGAAGACAGCACACCUUUUCAACUUUUCAUUGUGUGUUGUAGUAGAUUUUGUUAAUCAUAAGAAGACUAUAUAUGUUUCAAUAAUAUAUUUUAGCAGAAAAAAAACCUUAUGUAACGCUAACUCAAGUUAUUAUUCUUUUUUUUUUUUGCGAUUAUUUCAUUCAGCGAUAUAGUUAAUGUACGAUUGAAUAUUUCCAUAGAAGAAAUUUUAAGAUUUGAUGUUUUCAUUCUACUCUUAAAGUAUUUUGAUACCAGAAAGUAGGGAAACAAUUCCUCUGCACUACUUAGUAUUAAGAAACGUUUCUUUUAAAUAGCUUGUUGUUGAAAAUGGAUGGUACUACGGAACAAAAACUCCAUCUUGGAAAACAUAAUGGCCUGAAAGUGUUCAAACAUUUGACUAAAAGUAAUGAUCAACUUCAAACAAUACAACUUAUUAGCUAUAAGAAAACAAACAGUGAGGAUAGCUCCAAAUCUUCCAGUGCUGAGAACAGAAGUUGUAUGUCAGUGGACAAUCAACCUUAUGGCUGCAACAUCAGAAAACAGGAAACCAAUCCUCAAGCAGUGGAGCUACCUAACAUUGCUCUGAGACCAGGGCAUAGUGUUAGAACUGACCACUCAGUGAACUAUCUUCACGAUGUAAAUCUGACAAGUUCAAAAGAAACAAAAGCUUUUCGAACGAAACAAAACAAAGUGAAGAACAAUAACUUACUAAGCGACCGUAAAGAAAAUGUGGAAAAUAAACAGGAUCAGAAUGGAGACAAAACUUCUAAAUUUUCUACUAAAUUGAAAGUACCUAAUCUGAUCAGAAAUAGAACUGCAGACUCCAACAUUCCACAAGCACGUAACACUUUGUCCAAUCGACCUGGGCACGAGAGAACCACCAAAGGCGGGAAGGCUCUUGCUAAAACUUCUGUCACUAGAGCAGAGAGAAGGGACGUAACCCAUAGACAUGUUCUCGACCAACCCACUCAUCACAAGUUAGAACUUUGUGAUUUCGUAGAGCAGGAUAUUAUAGGAGGUGAUGAAGUCAGGACAAUGGGGUUUGGACCCACCAAAAUAACUUAUUUGGAUUAUGUUGCUUCUGGAAGACCUCUUAGAAGUAUCGAAAAUUUUAUACGCCAGCAUGUAAUGCCCAACUACGCCAACACACACACAGAGGUCAGUUACUACGCUGCGCAGACCACCAAGUUUAGAGAAGAAGCCAGGGAGAUAAUCAAGGAAUCAGUUCAUGCGACAGAAAAUGACGCAGUUAUUUUUUGUGGUAGUGGUUCUACUUCAGCCUUUCAUAAGGUCAUCCAUGCAAUGGAUCUCAAAAAGUCAACCUACAUGCUUUCUCCGAUUGUACUUUUGGGACCUUAUGAACAUCAUUCCAAUAUUUUACCUUGGAUUGAAAUCAAAGCAAAGGUCAUUCACAUCAAACAAACACAUGAGGGUUUAAUUAAUUUGCAGCAUUUAGAACAAGAAUUAAAGGACAUUCAGGAUGGUCCUAAACGAACCAUAAUAGGAUCAUUUUCAGCUGCCUCCAAUGUGACAGGGAUAUUAACAGACACUGUAGCUAUUUCUAAAAUGAUGCAUAAAUAUGGAGGAUUAGCGUUCUUUGAUUUUGCUUGUGCAGCCCCAUAUGUGGAGAUAGACAUGAAUUGCGUCCAAGACGGGCCUGAUGCUUACAAAGAUGCCAUCUUUAUUUCAACUCACAAAUUUCUAGGAGGUCCCCAGACUCCAGGGAUUCUUAUAGCCAAGAAAUGGGUCUUUAGAAAUCAAGUACCCCAUGGUGUUGGAGGAGGAACAGUUGUUUUUGUUCGCCGACAAAAUCACAAAUACUAUGCUGAGCCUGAGCACAGAGAGGAAGGCGGCACUCCUGCAAUCAUUGAAUCUAUUAGGGCUGGUCUGGUGUUUAAACUCAAGGAUACGUUCACCUCGCAAUUUAUUAUGGAGAGAGAAACAGAAUACUUCCAACAGGCCUUGUCUGCCUGGUCUAAACAUCCAGACCUUCUAAUACUGGGCUGUAUCAAAGUGGAGAGGCUUCCAAUUUUUUCCUUAUUGUUUCGCAACCCUCACACCGGCAGACUACUGCACCACGACUUUGUAGCCCUGGUGUUGAAUCAAUUGUUUGGCCUUCAAGUACGCAGCGGGUGUGCUUGCGCAGCUUUGUAUGGCUUAGAACUGAUGGGAAUGUCAGAAGAAGUUGCCCAAAGAUAUGAAAAAUUUAUCACAGAAUCCAAUAGGACAGCAGAUAGAGAAAAAAACAGUGAAUCAAACAUUGAAAGUUAUGAUGGACUUGAUAACAUUAUAUUCAAACCUGGAUUUGUUCGUCUGAAUCUUCCAUUUUUUGCUUCAGCAAAAUGCAUUAAUUUUAUCAAGAAAGCCAUUUUACUGAUGGCUGAUCAUGGCUGGAAACUAUUACCACUGUUUGACUUUGAGAGAAAAACUGGUAAAUGGUGGUACAGAGAAGAGCAGACAUUUCAGCCAGACAAAAGCCUUAAAGAUAUCAACUUUACUAAGGGAUUUUCAUGCAUGAAAUCAUCAAGCAGUCAAGAGAGAUAUAAAGACACAAAUACACCAAUAUUUAAGAGAUUCCCUGGAUUGGAUUAUGAUGAGAUUAUUGAAAGAGCUACAUACAUUUUAAAUGAUGUCAGUAAACCCAAUCAAUAUGACCUUAGUGAUCAGACAUUGGAAUACAAGGGAGAUGCCGAUGAACUCAGGUGGUUUAUGUUGCCCAGUGAGGCAGCAGAUAUUAUUCACCAAAGAGAGAAAGAACAUCAGAAUGAAAUUCUAUCAAAGACAAAUGACAGAGAAGAAUGGAGAAAGAAGAUUGACAGAUCUUGUGUGGUGCCUCAGUGGUCCAGCAGAACAAAGGAUAGGUGAAAGUAUAUGUGAAGUUAGAUGGGAAUCUGGCCUAUCUGAUGUCUUAUAAUGAAUAUCUAAUUGAUCUAACUGUUUUGUAAAUGGUCAAUCUCUUAUUCCUUAAGAAAAAAAACAUUUCUGAAAAAAAAAAUAUAGCCAUAGUGCAGCUCUGCACUUCAUGCAAUAAUAUGAAAAACUACUUAUUAAUUGCUGUUUUAAAUUGUGUCCUACUUGUAUGCAUACUAAAUAGAUUUUUGUGUGUAAAUGUAGUAGUAUAACAAAACUUACUUAACUUAGCAAUACAUUUUUUAAAAAAAUAUUUUUUUGAUAAAAAAUUUACAACCGUUUGCAUAAAUGUGUUAAAAAUAUGGUGAAUAAUCAUCUCCCCUACUUAAAUGCCUCCAGUGUUUAAUAGUGAAUAGUUGUAAAAUUGUUUUAUUUUUAUGAAAAACCUACUUGCGAUUUAAAAAAUUCGAUUUUUUGCUUUCAGAAAAGAAAAAAAGUAGCCAUUGCAUCAGUACUUUGAAUGGUCUAAAAUAUUAUGAUGUCGGAUUUUCACUAUCUUUUCUAGUUUAUGAGAUCUAAACAGGACAGACGGACAGACAUUCCACACAAAACUAAUAAUAGCUUCUUUUCUCCUUUCGGGGGCCACUAAAAUACAGAAACUAAAAUUCUAUGGUUAUAUUAAAAGGUCAUCUCUUCGGAGCUUACAAGGACCUUCCUUCGGGGAACAGUACCAGGGAAAAGAAGAAGAGGCAGACAGAGAAAACUUUGGGAAGAAAACCUAAAAAUAUGGAUGGGCCUGACAUUGAAAGAGGUUCUAUCAAAAGCAAAAGACAGAGUAGUGGAGAAAGACAGUGGACAAUUCUGGCGUAGUGCCCCAAGAGUCCAAUAGACUAAGGGAAAGAUGAAUGUGAAAAAACAAGAUUAAAACAUAAAUACGUGUAGGACGUAAUUAUUUCUUGUUGGAAGGAACAUUUGUAGUUGAUAAGAGAGUACACAGAGUUAUCUAAACGAGCUUGUGGCAGUUAUCCAACCUUGAUUUCUACAAUGGCUGGUAGGCCUACAUUUAAUGACUAGGUCAACAUGCUGCAGUGAAUUCAAAACAGCGCUGCUCCGUCAAAACGUUUUGAUUCUUCAUUAAGUUUUUUAACAACACAAUUAAAUUAAAUUAUUAUUAUUAUUUAAACAAAUAAAUGUUUGCAGAUUUUUCAAAAUUAUAUCAUCCUUAUAAAGACAGACUAGUUGUAAAUAUUUGUUCUAUUAGAGAGCUCAACAACAAUUAGGCCUAAAAGCUGUGUACAUAAAAUGUAACAUUUGUUU